UGCUGCGACAGAUAGGAAGCGAAGUGAAUAUAAUAAAAGAUAAGCACAAAUUAAAGUGCUACAGUGGGCAUAUCUGGCGCUUAUGGGACUUAUUACAACAAGGAAACGACAGACUUGCACUGCAAUAACCAACAGCUCAUUUCACUGAUGAGGUCCAAAGCAGCCGACAGAUAGGAGUGACCUGCCCUCCCCAAAGGUGCACAGCACGCCUGCAGAACCACGGGCCCACUCUCCACCGUUCCCGUCCUUGCAGGAUCUAGUCCUGUUGCCAACACUUUCUGCUUGAGUUUGUCCCCGAGAUCCUUCGAAACUGUUUCUCCAACGCUUCUACAAAAAACUUAGACUGUUUUCCAAAGCAGAACCGGCCCAGCCCUCCCAGGCGGAAGUAAUGGGGAGUGUGCGAAGCCACCGUUACGGCAUUGUGUCCUCUGAGGAAGACGGCAUGAAGCUGGCCACCAUCGCCGUCCCGAAUGGUUACGGGAACGGCAGUGUCAAAAAGGUGCACACAGAGCGCCAACAACAGAGCCGCUUCGUCAGGAAGGACGGCCACUGCAAUGUGCAGUUCAUCAAUAUGAGCGAGAAAGGCCAGCGGUACCUGGCUGAUAUCUUCACCACCUGCGUGGACAUCCGCUGGCGCUGGAUGCUGCUCAUAUUCUGCCUUUCUUUCCUGCUGUCAUGGCUGUUUUUUGGUUUCGUCUUCUGGGUAGUGGCCAUCUCUUACGGGGACUUACGGAGAGAGAAUAAGACUCAGAUGUGUGUUUCCAAUGUGGACAGCUUCACCGCUGCCUUCUUGUUCUCAGUGGAGACCCAAACCACUAUUGGCUACGGUUAUCGCUACGUGACGGAGGAGUGCCCCGUUGCUGUCUUCAUCGUCGUCUUCCAAAGCAUCGUGGGCUGCAUCAUUGACGCUUUCAUCAUCGGUGCUGUCAUGGCCAAGAUUGCCAAGCCCAAAAAGAGAAAUGAGACCCUGGUGUUUAGUCAUUACGCGACAAUGGCCAUGAGGGACGGUAAACUUUGCCUGAUGUGGCGCGUGGGGAACCUCAGGAAGAGUCACCUGGUGGAGGCCCACGUCAGGGCCCAGCUACUGAAGUCCCGCACCACUGCCGAGGGAGAGUUUAUCCCUCUGGAUCAGGUCGACAUCGACGUGGGCUUCGAUAGUGGAAUCGACAGAAUCUUCCUGGUGUCUCCAAUCACCAUUGUGCAUGAGAUCGACGAGGACAGCCCCUUCUACGAGAUGAGCAAACAGGAGCUGGAGACGACACAGUUUGAGAUCGUAGUGAUUCUGGAGGGCAUGGUGGAGGCUACAGCCAUGACGACUCAGUGUCGGAGCUCCUACGUGGCCAACGAGAUCCUUUGGGGCUACCGCUUCGAGCCGGUGCUCUUCGAAGAAAAGAACUACUACAAAGUGGACUACUCUCGCUUUGAGAACUUGUACGAGGUUCCCAGCACACCUCAAUGUAGUGCCAGGGAACUCGCCGAGAGGAAGUCCAACGCCUCCAGCUCGAGGAACUCCUUUUGCUACGAGAACGAGGUGGCGUUCGAAAAAGUUGAGAUGGAGGAGGAGUUUGAUGUGGAGGAAAACAGGGAGAUGAGGGGUGUGGAGUCACUGGAGCACACAAACACAGAGGUGGUUUCAGACUCUGAAUGCAAUCUGGACUCUUUGCCUUUGGAAUCAAGGCCUUUGACAGCAGAAUCAGAAAUAUGACUGCAGCUGUAAAGAAGAGUUAAAAACUACCACAGGGUAUGUUUAAACUAAUUAAUUUGGUCCUAAUUGCUGUUCUUUAUAAUGCAUGGCAGUUUGUUAAAGGCUGUGAUAUGAGUAUGAAGUUCUCUAUGCAGAAGCUUACGCACAAGACAUCAUGGAAAUCCACACGUUAUAUGUUAUGGUGAAAAUGGUGAUACAUGAGCUGGUUGCAUGGAGCUAGACGGAUAAUAUGGGUAAGAUGCCUUCACUUGCACACUAGGAUAGCCAAUUGGGAUCUGCAGAAGGUAGUUAUCUUGGAUAUAAUGCAUCUUUUUUUAGUGUGUGGCCUAAGUUUGUGUCUGGCUAAAAUAAUAAAAUAUAGAUUUGAAAAAAAAGAUGUGAACCCCAAACCCACAUUUACAUAUUUCUAGUCAUUUUAAAUCCAAGAAUCUUGUUUGAAAGGCAACAAAAACCACCUGCACAAAGGUUACUGUUAGUUAAUGAGCUGGUCUCUUAGCAUAAUAUAAAUAUGGUCCUCUUCAGUGUGCUGGUCCUGGAAAGAGACGAGCAAAAGCACACGAUGCUCCUCGGCCCAUCAUCUUGUCCAAGUAUAGCAUCUCUUGCAACGUGUGCCUUAGCAAGAAGUCUCAGUCCUGGUGUCGGCACUCUGAGCGCACACUGCAACAGAUGUGACAGGAAGAAGAGGUAUUAUUAAGAGGUGAUCACUGCAGUAAACUGCCACCAUUUUCUUAUGUGCAAUACAGGUCAGUGGUAGAACGUGACAGUCAGCUCAACCCUGAGCCGAGGUUAUGAAUGUUGAUGAUAAGUGCUGCUAAGUUACAUAUUCUAUGUUUAGAGGGAAAUCUAGGAGCCAAAAUGUAUUAUUUGUCUUUUAAAGUAUCCAUUUUGAAGCUUGCAGAUGCAGCCUAUAAUGUUAUUUCUAGAUGUAGACGAGCAUGAUUCCGUCAUUGUGUUUUCUGAAGCUUUUAAUGUAUUUGUUUUCCUCACCAGAGAAUGUUCCUCCAUAUAACAGCAGAGACUGUUUUAUUAACUUAAAGCCAAAUAUGUACAUAUAUUAUAAGAGGCAACAACCGGCACUCUGUUAGUUGAUGUUGAUUUAAAACCAGACUGUAUCGUCAUCGAAUGGUUGAAACAUUGAAUGAGUUGAGUUGAUUCUUACGUAGUCUGCUUUUUGUUAACAUCAGUGUUCUUGGCGUGGCGGACGUGCAGAAUCUGGACACAUGGUAGCCAUGGCAGCCACGGUUAACCCUCAUACUUAACCACUUGUGCAGUUAUUUGUUAUUUCUGAACAGACCCUUGCUUUUUAAAGAUCAAUUUGCUGAUUCAUAUUUCAGUCACAAUGUAGAACACUUGACUUUAUUGUUGCAUAGCUGUUAUUGUGACACAUUCACACUUAGAUCAGUGGAAGCAGAGCACUGUACUGCAUGCACUCUGCUAAGAACAUUUGAAUUAAAACAUUUCAUCUGUUCUCACAUUGAUACUUCUCAUGUCUUAGGUCUUUAUUUUUCUACACGGGUCUUCCUGCCUUCCUGCAUAAACCAGAGACUGUACAGUUUAAAAAAUAUAUUUUGUAAAUUAUUAUGCAAAUACUGUGUAUUGUUAUUACAGUUUUUUUUCUUCUCAAUAAUCUUGAUUUUGAUGCAUUAUUGUUUCAGCGAAUGAUAGCAUGUGUAUGACCAUUUAAGUUAUAACCAACUAUUAGCCACUCUUCUAUGUGUACAUGAGCUAAGCAAUGCAUCUGGAGUCCACUGUACAAUAUUCUUUUCAAUGAUUUGCAUUUUGACCCAAAAUGUGUGACAUCUGGAGGCCCGCUCUACUGUUUUAGCUUUGCUCCUCUAAUUUGGAGCUGAGGCCCAAAUUCCAGGCUGCUUGCUGUUAGAGCUCACACCAUCAUUCAUGAUAAUUCACCAAACUGACUCACUCCAGUUCUGUGAAAGUCCGCAGAGCUCUAUAUCAGUCGGCUCCGCUGGAAGUCAUUUUCGGUGACAGCGAUGGAAAAAAUGCCUCAUUCCCUUCUCCCAAUCUCUUUCAGUAAACUGUGGAAAAUAAGUGUAUUCUGCACCACUGAGUGUCGUGAGGAAGGGUGACAAUGUUUAGAAUUAGCAGUAGUACCACGUCGACAUCUGAAUAUAUCAAUCCACAUAUGCAGUAUAUGAUAUAUUAAUGCUGUCUUUGUCAUUGUUUUUUCAAAGGAAUGAUAAAUGACUGCGUAUAUAAGACACCAGGAUGCAGCCAGCGUUGUGUGAACACCCGUCCAUGCCUCUAAUCCAGCAUGAAUAUGCACGACAUACAGUCGAUGUGAUCAAUAUGGUUGUACCAGAGGUGAACAAUGGGUCUGCAGUAUGACACAUCUGUCAGAAAAUUUUAGUUAUUUUCCAUUCACAGCUGCAUUCUGCCGGCAUGAGACGUAGUCGAGGGAUCUAUUGAUCAGACACGUCCGCAGUGAGGCGGUGAGCCCAUUUGAUUUGGUUCUAAUAGGAAGUGGGUGCUGCCUCGGGGCAUUUUCCACAUUAGCCAAUGAGACUGUCACAAAGCUCCAGCUUGGAGUGAAAAUGAGUACUCUCCCAUUUCUGUUUAGAAAAUAAAUGUAUAUUAAUAUG